AUGGCCAUUGUCCGAGGUUUGUGUCGAGUAUUUCCAGGUGAUGUGUAUUUAACAGCUCCCGACAGUGAAGAAGCCAUGAACGCUAUUGACCAGUUGCGAUCGGAAGGGUUGGGUCCAAAGUUUUACCCUCUGGACAUAACGGACAAGGUUGAGGUGGAGAAAUUCGGCGAAUUUCUAAAGAAUUACUAUGGAGAUAUUGAUAUACUAGUCAAUAACGCUGGCAUUGCGUAUAAGCCGGAUACCGUGGAAUCGUUCAAGACGCAGGCAGAAAUGACUUGCAGGACAAAUUUCUAUGGAACACUGCACGUGUGCGAAACGCUAUUUCCAAUACUCAGCUCCCAUGCAAGGGUAGUUAAUAUCUCCAGCGACGUCUCUAAAAUAGCCAUUAGGAUGUGCAGCGAGAAGAUUAGAAGUCAUUUAACAGACCCAAACCUAACGAUGGAAGAGCUUAAGGAGAUGGUCGACAGUUAUGUCAGAGCCACAAGGUCUGGUACACAGGUGGAGGAAGGCUGGCCGAUUACUCCUUAUGCACUGUCAAAGAUAGGCAUCACACUUAUGACCUUCAUACAACAAAGAGAGUUCCUCAAUGACGUGCGGCCGGGGAUCGUGGUAAAUACGUGUUGUCCGGGAUUUGUCAACACUAUCAUGACGAGUCAUCGAGGGACAUUGUCACCUGAUGAAGGUGCUGACACCCCCCUGUAUCUUGCGACACUCCCGCGGAACACCAAUAUCCCGUGCGGCAAUUACGUCACCAACAGAAAGAUCCAGCCUUGGGGUUAG